AGGCAACUGCACAACAAACAUUUUCAGGACAAGAACUGGAGCAUGGCAUGUCCAGGUGGAGGCAUGCACUCACCAAAGCUGCAAAUUUCUUUGGAUGGGAUGAGAGCAAUCACAGGAGUGAUGCUGAAUUAGUGAAGAAAAUUGUUGAGAGCGUUGUUAAUUUACCAGUUUUGUCUGCUACUAAAUUUCCUGUUGGAUUACAAUCCCGCGUGGAAGAUCUGAUUCGAACUAUCAAAAAUAAAUCCACUGAAGUUUGUAUGAUAGAGAUAUUAGGAGAGCGGGGAUCUGGUAAAACAACUCUUGCCAAAGCGAUCUACAAUCAAAUUCAUUGGACAUUCAAGAACAAAAGUUUCAUCGAAAAUAUUUCACAUGUUAAAGAUAUAAGAGGGUUUCUUCGUUUACAAGAACAACUUCUUUUAGAUGUCCUAAAACAAAAGGUGGAGAUUCCUAGCCUUGAUGUGGGAAGAACUAUGAUUCGGGAAAGACUUUUAGGGAAAAGGGUUCUCAUUGUACUUAACGAUGUUCAUUACGAUGUUCAUUACGAUAAAAUAUUCGGCCUAAGGGAUUGUCUUAAAUUGUUAGUUGAAGGAACUGUUAUAAUCGUUACAACAUAUGGAAUAGGGCUGGGAGAUCAAGCUAAUUCUGUCUUUUGGUUAAAGGGAAUGAACACAGAGGAGUCCCUUGAGCUUCUUAGUUGGCACGCAUUUAGAGAACCAAAACCAAAAGAAGAAUACGAAGACCUUGCAAGAAGAGUUGUUAGUUAUUGUGGAGGAUUACCUCUAGCUCUUGAAGUCAUUGGAAGUACUUUAUUUGAAAAGACGAAAGAAGAAUGGUUCAGUUUAUUAUUUGCUCGAUAAAUUACAGGACUCGUUAUGUUCCAGAGAUAAUAAAAGUAAGCAUAGAAAGUUCACUGAAUGAAAUGGAAAAAGAUAUAUUCAUUGAUAUAUGUUAUUUCUUUGUUGGUAAGAGCAGAGCUUAUGUCACGAAGAUCCUAAAUGGUUGUGGGGUAGAUGUUGAUAUUGCAAUAAGAGUUCUCAUGGAGCGUAACCUCAUCAAAAUUAACAAGAACAACAAAUUUGGAAUGCAUCCUUUGCUACAAAAAAUCGGAAGAGAAAUUGUUAUUGAAAAUUCAGGAAAGGAUCUUGGGAAGAACAGGCUAUUGUGGUUUCAUAAGGAUAAAAUAUAUGGGACAGGAGCCAUGCAGUGGUUGCCUUUUACUGACAACGUAGGUGGUGUAAAUUUUGAGUACCUUCUUAAGAAAAUAAAAUGGAUCAGUUGGCAUGGGCUUUCUUCAGAGCAUGAUCCAAUAGCUAUUGAUUCAAAACGCAGUCUUCUUCGAUUUCUCAGGAAAAGACCCCAGGUUAUGACAUCGCUAAAAGUCCUUAACCUCAGUCACUCCAAGCAUUUAACUACAACCCCUGACUUUACCGGAUUACCAAGUCUUGAAUACCUCAUUUUGAAAUAUUGUUCGAGAUUGAGCAAAGUACACCAAUCUAUUGGAUCACUCAACAGUCUUAUACUGCUAAAUUUGAAAGACUGUACAAGUCUAAACAAUCUUCCAACAGAGAUAUAUGAGUUGAAAUCUUUAAGAACCUUCAUUCUCUCUGGUUGUUCCAAGAUUCACAUAAUGGAUAAAGAUAUAGCAAAGUUGGGAUCCUUGAUAACUCUAAUUGCUGAAAACAAAGCUGUGAAAGAAGUGCCUUUUUCAAUUGUAAGCUCAAAAAGCAUUGGAUAUAUAUCUCUACCUGGAUUUGAGGGAUUAUCUCAUAAUCUUUUUCCUUCUAUCAUUCGGUCUUGGAUGUCCCCAAUAAUGAAUCCCUUCUCUUGUAUUCAUUCGUUUUGCAUGGAUACGAAGGAUUAUACGAUUGAUAUUGCACCGUUUCUUAGUACCCUUGCAAAUAUUCCAAAUGUUUUGGUAGCAUGUGACACCGAUUUUCAAUUAUCUAAGCAAGUGAAAAAUAUUUUGGAAGAAUACUUUCCGAGUAUUACGGAAUCAGGAAUUUCAAAGCAGCACUUUAGAUGUUCUUUGAUUGGUGUUGGAGCAUACCAUCAAUUCUUCAAUGCUGUCAGCGACAACAUAUAUCAGGUAUUAGCAAGCAGUGAGUCUGGUGAUGUUUCUCUCCCAACUGUGAAUGAUCCUUAUUGUUUGGCCCAUAUGGGUGAUGGACACUCUGUUUCUUUCAUUGUGCCUCAAGAUCGUGACAUGAAAGGAAUGACUUUGUGUAUUGUUUAUUUAUCAAACCUUGAAAUCACGGAAAAUGAAUGUCUUAAAAGUGUCUUAAUUGUUAAUUACACAAAGUGUACAUUCCAAAUACACAACCGUGACACAGUCAUUUGCUUUAAUGAUGAUGAUUCACAUUGCAUAAUGUCAAAUUUAGAAUGUGGAGACAAUGUGGAGAUUUUUGUGAGUUUCGGUAAUGGAUUGGUAGUCAAGAACACAGCGGUGUAUUUGAUAUGUCGUGAAUCAAGGAACAUGGAAAAAGCGUCUGAGCCAAAGAAACAUUCUCUCAUUAGAUUCAUAAAGAAAGUGGUAAUGUGACUUCUGAUAAGUCAUCUAUGUUCUUUAAGAUCAGCAUGAUCAGUUUCAACUAUUUUCACACUCUUAUACAACUUCAAUUAAUUUCAAUACGAGUUCUUUCA